ACAGCCAAAGUUCUUGUGUUGCAAAAUUUUUGUCCUCUUAAUAAUGAAAUCUUCAUCCAGCGAGAUGAGGAGGGGUUACCAUGCAUGCCAACGACUCUGCAAGAUUGUCCAAUGAAAUUACGCUAAAUGACGUCAAAUUGAAACACUGUGCUUUAACAAGUACUAAAACAUUCUAAAAAGUCACUCUCUCCUUCCUUGAAAUCUACAAAAUACGAUAGAUACAUGAAAUAUUACUAAAUUUGUGCAAAACCCAACAAAAACACACGAGUCAAAAACGCGGAAGUUUUUCCUCCAGGAAUCAAAUAUGGCGGCACCGAACUCUCGCACCGGUCACGUGACUGUGGGGCAGAUCUCGCGGGAAGGUCCGAGAUUUGCCACGUCUUUUCCUCCAACACGACAGCUCGGAGAGAACUUCAACAUGCCUCUGCGACUUGAUAUCAAGCGUAAGUUGUCGGCGCGGUCGGACCGUGUGAAGUGCGUUGACCUGCACCCCACGGAGCCAUGGAUGCUCGCGGCACUCUACAACGGCAACGUGCACGUCUGGAACGUCGAGUCACAGCAACUGAUCAAGUCAUUCGAGUGCUGUGACCUGCCUGUCCGUGCCUCCAAGUUUGUCCCUCGUAAAAACUGGGUGGUGGCAGGAUGUGAUGACAUGCAGGUCCGAGUGUUUAACUACAACACACUGGAGAGAGUCCACAUCUUCGAGGCCCACUCUGACUAUGUCCGUUCCAUCGCUGUCCACCCCACACAGCCAUACCUGCUCACCAGCAGUGACGACAUGCUGAUCAAGUGCUGGGACUGGGAUAAGAAGUGGGCGUGUAUCCAGGUGUUUGAGGGCCACACCCACUACGUCAUGCAGAUAGUCAUCAACCCAAAGGACAACAACCAGUUUGCCAGCGCAUCUCUGGACAGGACGGUUAAGGUGUGGCAGCUUGGCUCGUCCGCCCCCAACUUUACCCUGGAAGGGCACGAGAAGGGGGUGAACUGCAUCGACUACUACCACGGUGGGGACAAGCCUUACCUGGUCUCAGGGGCUGACGACAGACUGGUCAAGAUAUGGGACUAUCAGAACAAGACGUGUGUGCAGACCCUGGAGGGCCACGCCCAGAACAUCUCCUCUGUCAGCUUCCACCCGGACCUGCCCAUUAUCAUCACAGGGUCCGAGGAUGGAACUGUGCGUAUCUGGCACGCGAGCACCUACCGCCUGGAGAGCACGUUGAACUACGGGCUGGAGCGGGUCUGGGCCAUCGCUAACAUGCGCGGCACCAACAACGUGGCACUGGGGUACGAUGAGGGCAGCAUUCUCAUCAAGUUGGGUCGUGAGGAGCCAGCCAUGUCCAUGGACGCCAACGGGAAAAUCAUCUGGGCAAAACACUCCGAGGUGCAGCAGGCCAACCUCAAGGCCAUCGGAGAUACUGAGAUUAAGGAUGGGGAACGGCUGCCUCUCGCCAUCAAGGACAUGGGCAGCUGUGAGGUGUACCCACAAACUAUACAGCACAACCCUAACGGCAGGUUUGUUGUUGUUUGUGGGGACGGAGAGUACAUCAUCUACACAGCCAUGGCUCUGAGGAACAAAAGCUUCGGUUCCGCGCAGGAGUUCGUCUGGGCUCAGGACUCAAACGAGUAUGCUGUUCGGGAGAACUCCACUACUGUUAAACUCUUCAAAAACUUCAAGGAAAAGAAGUCCUUCAAGCCUGACUUUGGAGCAGAAGGUAUAUUUGGAGGUUUCCUGUUGGGAGUAAAGUCCGCUAAUGGACUGGCCUUCUACGACUGGGAAAACACCGACCUGGUCCGCAGGAUCGAGAUCACACCCAGACAUAUCUUCUGGUCAGAGAACGGUGAGCUGGUGUGCAUCACCACAGACGAGUCUUUCUUCAUCCUGAGCUACUCCGCGGAGAGAGUCUCCAACGCCAUGGCAACCAACGAGGGCGUCACGGAGGAUGGCGUGGAGGAUGCUUUUGAUGUGAUAGGUGAGAUCCAGGAGGUUGUUCGGACAGGCCUGUGGGUGGGAGACUGUUUCAUCUACACCAACUCUGUCAACAGACUCAACUACUACGUGGGAGGGGAGAUCGUCACCAUCUCACACUUAGACAGGACAAUGUACCUUCUCGGCUACAUUCCCAAGGACAACCGGCUGUACCUAGGAGACAAAGAGCUGUCCGUGGUCAGCUACUCUCUGCUGCUGUCCGUACUGGAGUACCAGACAGCUGUGAUGAGGAGAGACUUUGACACAGCAGACAAGGUGCUGCCCACCAUCCCUAAGGAACAGCGCACACGUGUUGCUCACUUCUUAGAGAAACAGGGAUUUAAGCCGCAGGCCCUGGUGGUGACCUGUGACCCCGAGCACAAGUUUGAGCUGGCUCUGCAGCUGGGGGAGCUCAACACAGCAUAUGAACUGGCACAGGAGGCACAGCAUGAGCAGAAGUGGAAGCAGCUAGCGGAGCUGGCCACGUCCAAGUGUCAGUUCUCUCUGGCGCAGGAGUGUCUGCACCACGCACAGGACUUCGGCGGGCUGUUGCUACUGGCAACCUCGUCCGGGAAUGCCGGCAUGGUGGAAAAGCUGGCGAAGAGCGCCGAGACCGCAGGAAAGAACAACGUGGCCUUCAUGUCGUACCUGCUGCAGGGAAAACUUGAGGACUGCCUGGAGCUUCUAAUAAAGACCGAUCGUCUGCCCGAGGCAGCUUUCCUCGCUCGCACAUACCUGCCUAGUCAAGUCUCAAGGUAAUGUCUAUAUGUUUGU